UCUAAUGCCAGGUGGGGAUGCAACACCCGUGAUUUUCCGGCUAUAUAAAGGCAGAUGCACCGUGGAUCCUUGGUAUCACGUAUCGGUCGUUGUUUAAGGACGAAGGGACAGAAAAGUCCAGUUCGCACGAGAAAGUUCUUGCCAUGAAGACGAUCCUCAUCUUCGUGACAGCGAUAGUGGGAGCUCUCGCUGCGCCCCAGUUGAAUCCAAAUGAAAUCACUAUAGUAAAGCAGGAGGAGCAAAACAAUAUUGGAGUAGGUGGAUAUCACUUUAGUUACGAACAGAGCGAUGGCCAAAAGAGGGAAGAAACUGCGGAAUUGAAAAACGAAGGUACUGACGAUGAAUCCCUUGAUGUUACCGGUAGCUUCUCCUUCACAGCACCAGAUGGUCACACUUAUAGGGUUGAUUACACCGCUGACAAGGAUGGAUUCCACCCCACUAUUAAUCUCGUUUCGAAAUAGGAAAACCUAAGAACUGAAGUUCCGCGCUAUCCUUAUCUAGGGCUUUCCGAUCAUCGACACAAGCUAGUAUAAGUGUAUUAAAGUAAUCGUAUACGUACCUUAAAAUCACGUGGCACGCGAUUCACUGUUCACAAGCGUGAUCAUUCUCGAAAGUAUUGAUCGUCGGUUCGAAGCAAUCAGUUCAUUUUCUUCAGCAUUAUGUACUUAUCAUUUAUUUUUCAUGUUUAUCAACAUUAAAAUUAUAAUUUGAGAUGACAAUAACAGCGAUCAAAGAGGACGCUCGAAAUCGAAUGAAUGUUCGAUGUUAUAAUGGAAUUUGACAAAAGUUUUAAAAGAGGAGUGAAUUUAAGAGAAAAUUAAUUUAGUAUUAACAUCACAAAUUCUACAAAAAAAAAUUGUAUAGUAUGUCAAAGGAUAUAUGGUUAAGAUAAAAAAUAAUCAUUAAAAUAAUGCAUGAUCUAAUUUCUGAAAUAAAGAGUAUAAUAAGUAAAGAAAUAUCCGUACAAACGUUCGUUUGUAUGAUAUAAAUAGUUAGAACGGCAAUGUAUGUUCUGAUUGCAUUUGUGAAACGCGUGCCACUGUAUAAACAAGUUAUUUUAAAUAGUUCUGAGGAACUAUUGGUAAACAUUUUGAACGAGAGGCGUUAGAAGUUCCAUUCACGAUCUAUUUUGGAAGAGGCGACGACGAAGCGCUCAUUUACACGUUUUAGAAUUCGUGUGAAAAUGAGUAACCUUUUUGUACCCUUACUGUAUGUAUGUAACAGAACACCAAUUGCGCAAAUAAAUAUAUACACAAAUUAA